AUGAAAUACCUUUACCCACCUUUGGUGAUGCCGCAAUGUGCGAUGUUUCUUGAGCUAUCCACGUAUUGUGUUGCCACUACUAAGCACUCCCCCGCUCAAAGGGCCACAGUAACUGCGGUUGGAGAAAGCCCUCCCAGAGGCUUUCAUUCCUGGCUAAGGUCAAGAGGUCUUACUGCUGUAAACAGCUCCGGUCCUGCGGUUCCGUCCGCCCAAAAUAUCACAACCAUGUUGGCCAAGAAAACUCCAGUCGUACCAUCUGCACCAUCAAACUCUGUCGGGAAAGUCAAAGAUAAGUCUACUGCAGACAAGGUCUGGAUCCAAGUAGACUCGACCAAAGAUAAGGACGACAAACCUGUUACAGCUGACAAGAAGACUGUCAAAGUUAGUGAUGCUGGUAUUGAAGUGAACGACCUUGUUGCUUUAUCCCCGUACUUUGAGUCUAAAAUAAAGCCCGUCAACGGUUACGUUUCUCUUGCGGUGUUUAACAGCAUGUGGUUGAAACAAGAUCUUAUCUGUUACUCCUUGCGGUCAAAAACAAUGAAGAAAGGCGAUGAAGACAAAUACACCGGUCUCCCUAUCCCUGACAAAUGGAAAUUGAGCUUUGGUGAAUGGGUCACCGCAUUCAACUUAUUCGUCGCUUACCUACGUCAUUACAAACACAACGACCUCGCCAACAAAUUUCUGAUUCAUUGUGAAAAUGUCUUAGCAAUCAAACGUGAACGUGUUUCCUGGAUAAUGGCCUUUUGCUACAACCAAGCUAUACAAACUACUGUGAUGACGUUCAGAAAUUCAGAUGGCAAGUUAGCUAAUCCAGCUGUGCGAGAUGAAUCUAGAGAACGUGAAGCACAAAAUGAGACUGAACGCUUAGGAGAAAUGAUACCCUGUUACGCCGAAAUAAAUCCAUACUCAGAUGGUCAGCCUAAGGCACAUAUCAACCCCAUCACUGGAGAAAUCAACAAUUAUCACAAUCAGAGUACCUAUACUGGCGGAAACACCAAUGGAAUACAGCCACUCACCACGGUAAACCAAAUGCCAGGUCCUGGGCUCACUCAAACCAACACUCAUUUGAGAUCCAACGGUAGAAACGUUAGAGGACGCGGUCGAGGUGGUGGUUGGUUCUCUCAAGGAAAUGGUGGGUGUGAUAAUCGUGACAAUGAUCGAGGUCGUGAUAACGACUACUAUGACAAUUGUCAAGCUGAAGGUAGUGGCUCCUGGCGUCGUGACAAGAGGAGAGAUGAUUGUAAAGGUGAUCCUAGUGGACCCAAAUAUGGUGGCAAUGGGAAGGCAAAGUAA